CUAAAUUAUAAUACUCAGGGGUAGAGAAUAGCAAUAAGCACUAACAAGUGGCCGUUGGCAAAAUGCUUGCUUUAGGAAGGGCCAAGAGGAAAGAAGAAAAGAAAAACAUCAUAGUGAUCUGCACUUACAGAGUUAUAUGCUUCCCAAACUCUGCGUGUCAACAUCUCUCACUCGGUAGUAAUCAAACUUCAAAGUCCACCAGCAAUGGCUGCCGGCGGCGGUGGCAGCAGAGCAGCUAAGAGCACCGCCAAAGGAAAGGCCAAAAACAAGAAACGACACAACAAGAAGCCCCUCAGUCAACACCACCUCGUAAGUCUCGUAGCCACCGCCACCUCACUGGCCCACUCCUUCCUCUCCCAAAACGACCUUCUCCUUCUGCCCUCCCAAACCCUAACCCUAGAAACCCUUCUCUCCUCCACCUCCACCUCCCUCUCCACCCUCCUCUGCUUCCCGAACCCUCCACCGCAACCACCACUACGGCCGCCACCACCACCACUAGAAUGCUGGUUCAGCCGCUUCCUCUCCGCCACCUCCGCCAGCAGAAACUUCGACUCACUGUGGUCCCACACCUUCCGCAUGUCUGAACACUCCUUCUCCAUCCUCCUCUCUCUCCUCUCCCCAUUUCUCAACUCCACAAUCCCUUCAAUUCCACCCAAUUUCGUUCUCGCUGCUGCAAUUUACCGUUUAGCCCACGGCGCGAGCUACAAGGCGGUGGGAAGGCGCUUCGGGCUCGACUCGGUGGAGGCCUGCCGAGCCUUUUUCGCCGUCUGUAAGGCGGUGAGCGAUAAAUUAGGUAACUUGUUCGAGUUCCGGUCUGAUAUAGCCCGGAUUGUGGGGGGUUUCGGGUGGAUUUCGCUGCCGAAUUGUUGUGGGGUUUUGGGGUUUGGGAGGUUUGGGGUUGGUGGUGAAGUUUUGGGGCCAAACGGGUCUUUGUUGGUUCAGGCAUUAGUGGACUCUGAGGGGAGGUUCCUUGAUGUCUCGGCCGGAUGGCCCAGCGCCAUGAAACUCGAAUCCAUUUUCCGUCAGACUAAACUUUAUUUGGGUGUAGAGGAAUCUAGGGACUUGCUGAAUGGUCCUGUUUAUGAGCUUGGUAAUGGCAAGGCCAUUCCUCAAUACAUAUUGGGGGACUCUUGCUUCCCUCUUUUACCAUGGCUUUUAACACCUUAUAUAAGAUCGGAUGAGGCGGAUAGCUUUGGUUCAUUGGAGAAGGCGUUUAAUUCGGUACAUAGUCGCGCAAUGGGGUUGGUUGACACCGCAUUUGGGAGGGUUCGGGCUCGGUGGCAGCUUCUGUCUAGGCAGUGGAAGGAAGAGUGUGUCGAGUUUAUGCCAUUCGUUAUUGUUACAGGGUGUCUGCUGCAUAAUUUUCUCAUCAAGUGUAGCGAGCCCAUGCCAGAUGACAAUGUGAAGAGCUUAAGGGAGGAGGAGCUUCCUGUUUUCCAUGGACAGGUGGAUGAGAGUGGUGAGAGGAUGAGGGAUGUACUGGCCACCCACCUGAGUCGGGUAAGCCUGAGAAGAUGAAUUCUUUGAUUGCGCUUGUAGUCGCUCUUACUUGCUAUGAUAGAUUAGCAGUGCUGCUUAUUAGAUGCUGGGAGAGAAUUUUUGGAUGACUUGGAGCCUUAACUCUUGAUUGGUAUGGU